UGAGUGAGUAAUCUGCUACGCCGGGCAGUUGCCGUCGAGCGUUUCAUAAGUGCGGCUGAGUGUGUCCGGCUGUGCCGUUUAAUUUGUUGUUCGCCGCGAAGUGCGAAAGAUACAAGUGUUCCGAAAUUUGAUAAGACUGCUGGACGAGACUCGCAUAACCAUACAAAAAAUAUUUCAACAAAAAUAUUGCAGAUAAACGAAAUAUACCGACAAUAGUAUACGCCAAACGGAAAACAAGCAGUAUAUGAAGUUGUUUUUGUAUUUGCUUAUGCACGAAAUAACAGUUGUAUAAAUAUUUUCCAAAUAUUUUGUGUAAACAAAGUUCGUAUUAUUAGUGUAGACAUCCAUAUAUUCCUCCAGUCAAAAAGUAAGCUCAAAUAAGCCAAGUGUUCGCUUGCAACAGGAACGCUUCCGCACGCAGUAAUAACGCUGCAGUUUAUGCAACAGUCAUACACAGAAAAUGUUCUCUACAUCCGGCUACGAUCGACUCUAUGUCCGCAGCUCUUCCGGUUUAGCCAAACUGCUCUGUAUGCUAUGUGCCGUGGCUGGCAUCACAUGCAUUGCUGUUAGCACGGCGCCAGUAACGAAUCUGCGCGGCCUCGUCUACAUGUGUGUGAUGGCGUGCGCCUGCCUCGGCAGUGCGCUGGUGUUUUUGAAUAAUUUUUGCGAAAUGCGGCUUUGUAGGCGGCACUUGUGCAAUGCAACCAGGUUUGAGCUGUAUGUUCAUGCCACACUCGCCGUUCUGUGCUUUCUUGCCUCAUCCGCCGCGCUGACGUUGGCGCUGGUGACCUACUCCAUUGCAGCGUUUUUCGGCUAUGUUGCAUUCUGCUUGUACGCCUUGGAGGCCUGGUGCAACUAUAGGCGAUACCGCCAGCGUGAUAUGAGCACGCAGACGUAGUAGUGUGUAUGUGAAGGUUGUUGCAGAUAACAGUAUUUUCGCUGUUUAGGAAAUAUUUCAUAUAUGUUUGUGGAUAUUACCCAUGUCGAUAUCACUUGCCUGUCUCUAAUGAAGUGCCUACUGCCAUCGCAAAGUGUUUCAAAAUAAUGUUUAGUAAACAGUAUGUAAUGUUAGAUAAUUACCAGUAUGUAAUAUUAGUAUAAGUAACUUUUACAUGUAUUUAGCGUUAUAAGUUGCACUUAAGCAGUAAUGACUUGUAUAACUUUGAUUCAGAAGUCGAACCUGCUUUCGAUCUUCACACAGCAACAAAAAUACUCUUGUACAGUCAGAUGACUUUAAAGCAUUUAAGUUUGGAUUCCAAGUACUUAUAUACAUAUAUACAUAUAUUUAUCUAAAAAAAUAUAUUUGCAUACAUAUAUGUUGUAUUAUGUGCAAAAAACAAAGUAUAAAUGGACUAUAUGCUGACUAUAUAAUUGAAUAUGGCAAGCAUGCCUUUGAAUUGGCUCGCGCUCGUUGAAAAUUAUAUCCAAGAAAAUAUAGUCGAAGCUUUCGGAAUUAGGAAAGCCAUGUAAAAUUAUAAAAUUUUUUGUUUUAAAGUAUUAAUUUUGGUCUGUUGGUCAAGUAGUAAUAUUUCGUACAGCCUCAAGAGAUUCCUUCCUGCUACCAUUAAAUGUUCUGCAAUCGCUAAGAGUUUCAUGUUAGAUUGAGAUCUUGGAACUAUACUGAUAAUUAACUAUAUUUGAACUAUUUUUGCAUUCAUUUACAUACAUAUUACUCUGUGUAUUAGUAGUUAUUAUAAUAUUACAUCGACGCUUAAAUACUUAAGCUGAGGAAAGCCAACAGCCAACAUAUUAACAUUGUCUAAGUUGUUCAUUUUAUACUAGGGCAACCUUUCUCAUGUCAUCAAAUUUUUAAGCUUUUUAAGUCAAAUUAAUCGGUACAAACCCUUAAGGUGGUAUUCUGGUCUAAAAGCAUGAAUUUCAGGUAAUUUUUAAAGUGUCGUAAAAAAAGGCAAUUAAUAUUUUUACUAUCCAUUUUUUUAUUAGUUAUUUGUUAAUUUUAGAAGAGUACAGAAAAAAAUUAAAAACUAAAAAAAGUAAAAAAUUUCAAAAUUAUGAGCUGACCAAGUGGGGGGUCUCUAAAAAUUUCCACGUGACCAUACCUGAUUUCAACCCUCCUAGUUAUGUGAAACCAAAAAAAAAAAUAUUAUUAAUCUGUAAUAAUGUUGCAAUGGCCGGAACUACGGAAAAGUGGGAAAAGUUUUUUUCACAAAAUGGCGACUGCCUGAAAAAAAGAGUUUUUUUGUAUCACUUUUUCUGACUAUUUCGAAUUUUUUAAAAAUAAUAAAAAUAAAAAUUUGGGGAUGGGGCUAGUUCUAACCAUAGACAAGCCUAUAAAGAAGACAGUAUAAAAAAUUCAAAUAAAUCGGUCUAGUGGAACCUGAGAAAUCGUAGGUAUCGUUCCGAAAAAGUCAGUUUUGAGAAAAACGCGUUUGAAGUUUCGCGUAAAGUCUUUUGUUCGAUUAGUUCCGGCCGAACCAGUUUGGAUGCCGGGUCAGAAAAAUGCCUAUAUCUCCGAAAAUAAUUUGAAUUUUGAAAAAUCUUCUUGUACACAUAUUCUUGAAUAGUUAAACUUUGAAAAUAUAAAAAAUAUCGAUUUUUUUAAAUUUCUAGACCAGAAUACUCCCUUAAAGACAAUGCCAAUUAAAUCUUAU